AUGAAUUACAAAGACAAAAUAGCAAGAUAAGUGUUUCCUGUGACAAAAGUAGUCUCCAGAAGAAAACCAAUGUUCUUAGAGAGACCCUGGAGAUGGUAUCUAAAUCUAUCAUAUCACUGGCAAGCUUUUAUCAAUACAGUGAUUCUGUCGGCCAUUUUAAUUUGGGUUCCUUAUCAUUUUGUAUACAUGCUAUCCUAUAGCAGGUCAAAAGCUGAAAUCAUGGCAAAGCAGGAUCCUGGAUUCACUAGUGAUGAAUUGAAAGAAAGAAUCAGGGAGUUCAAUAAAAGAAAGGAAGAAGGAAAAGCAGAGACAUCUAAACUCUGA